AUGAGCUCCUACUUCGUCAACCCCCUGUUCUCCAAAUACAAAGGCGGCGAGUCCCUGGAACCGGCCUAUUACGACUGCCGGUUCCCUCAGAGCGUGGGCAGAAGCCAUGCGCUGGUGUACGGGCCCGGCGGCUCCGCGCCCGGCUUCCAGCACGCCUCGCACCACGUCCAAGACUUCUUCCACCACGGCACCUCCGGCAUCUCCAACUCGGGCUACCAGCAGAACCCGUGCUCGCUGAGCUGCCACGGAGACGCCUCCAAAUUCUAUGGCUACGAGGCGCUCCCCAGACAGUCCCUUUAUGGGGCUCAGCAAGAGGCGAGCGUGGUGCAAUAUCCCGACUGUAAAUCCUCCGCCAACACUAACAGUAGCGAAGGACAAGGCCACUUAAAUCAGAACUCGUCUCCCAGCCUCAUGUUUCCAUGGAUGAGACCCCACGCUCCUGGGCGGCGCAGCGGACGACAAACUUACAGCCGGUAUCAGACCUUGGAACUAGAGAAGGAGUUUCUCUUUAAUCCUUAUUUGACCAGAAAGCGCCGGAUUGAAGUCUCUCACGCCCUGGGACUGACGGAAAGACAAGUGAAGAUUUGGUUCCAGAAUCGAAGGAUGAAGUGGAAAAAGGAGAACAACAAGGAUAAACUUCCUGGGGCCCGAGAUGAGGAGAAGGUGGAAGAAGAAGGGAAUGAGGAAGAGGAGAAGGAGGAGGAGGAAAAGGAAGAAAAUAAGGACUAAGAAAAAAGAGAAAAUCAGCCCCCCCCCACAACUCCCUUGAAGUUUCGUUUUAUGGUAGCAGAUAAAUUGAGAAGUUUACGACUGUCAUUUGCUUUUAUAGAGAAUAGAAUGACACUCACAACUGUAACUACCUGUCAGAUAGUUGCAGCUCUGCUUUUAUUACCUUUGGCCUUCCCCCACUCUUUAUUUGUCUGGGGGUUGGGAGGGGGAACCUGAGACACAGGGAAAAGUUCUGUUCCACUCCAUGCCCAACACACACUCACUUGUCCCUGCUCCCACUUCUGAGCCCUUCCCGAUAAAGCCUAACCCUACACACACACACACACACACACACACACACACACACACACACACACACACACACACCACACUUCUCUCCACACUCUUUACACGCUUCUCUGGUAUUUAUUUUAAAAGGGAUUCCCCUGAAGAUGUAGAAGAUGAUUCCUGGCUUUGCUUGUAUGCUGGGAAUUAGAAUACUGGAUUGACUUUUUUUUUUUUUUAAUGAAAAGAAAGAAGGGGAAAAAAAAACAGGAAAGGGGGAAAUGAAAGGGAAAAAUUAAAAAGAAAAAAAAAGAUAGCAAAGAAGAUUCCCCUCCCCCAUCUGAGGCUGUUUCCUUAGAAACCCCCCCUUGACUUUCUCCAGGAAUCUACUGGAAAUCAAGGAAAUGUGGGUUUCUCUACCCACCUCCUUCCUGAGGGUUCUAUAAGGACUGGCAAUGGUCUCUGAAAUCCUACCUAUCCAUCCCAUAGUCACUUGGGUCCAUGCCUUCCUUGCCUUGCCUUUGCUGUUUGAUCUUUUGGGCCCUGGCUUCCUCUGAGCUGUGUUAGUGUUUGUGCUCAGAAAUCACCAUAAUCAUGAAGAUAAUAUACUGAUAAUAAAUCUUUAACAUACUACCUAAAGGAACCUGCAAUAAUCUUGGGGAAAAAAAAAAGAAAAAAAAAAUCCUAAUACAGGAGGGAAAAAAAGAAAAAAAAAAAGAAAAAAA